AUGAGCAUUCCCACUCUUCACGUAGCUGAUGGUUUAGCUACAAUACAACUAAACCGCCCUCAAUCCCUAAACGCCUUGACGGUUGACGAUUACGAGUUUCUUUCCGAGAAUCUUAGAAAAAUCGACAAAAUGCCAGAUGUGCUGGUCACAAUUGUUCAAGCAUCAGGGCGCGCAUUUUGCUCUGGUACCGACGUUGGGGCUCGUGAUGAAAAUACUGACCCGAGGAUAUCACCCCGACGAAAGGCACUCAUGGGAGCCAUGCGGUCAAACACAGACUUGAGUGACGCAUUGUCAAGUCAUUCCAAGAUUCUGGUCGCUUUACUCAACGGGCCGGCUCUUGGUAUCGCUGCUGCCAUGCUGGGACAUUUCGACUUUAUAUACGCUAUGCCCGAGGCAUGGAUUGCCGUUCCGUUCUCAUUUAUUGGCCUCACAGCCGAACAAAAUGCCUCGGUGACGUUUGUUAACAGGAUGGGGUUGGCCAAGGCUACUGAAGUCUUACUAUGGGGUAAGAAGAUGUCAGCUGAGGAACUACAAAGGAAUGGAUUCGUCAACCAAGUAUUUUCCGCCGAAGACACUACUGGUUUUCAUCGUCAAGCGCGUGAACAUCUCCUUGAUCGCCUAGAUGGGCUCGACCCGGCGGCUUUGCUGAGUACCAAGCGCAUGAUCCAGGCUGGCGUUCACGAGAAGAACGACCCACGAGUGGUUAACUUCAGGGAGUCCUUUUUGCAAGCUGAGAGGUUUGCAGGAGGUGUGCCAGGGCGCAGGUUCGGCCAACUGGCACGUAAGGAGGUCAAGCACCGCUUGUAA